GUUAUAAGAGCAUUCACGCACCACCGGGUGAAACCGCACAGUCAUAGCCGCACGAAUAGCGGGAUAACGCGGACCUUACGAAGGCCAAGCUCCAGGGUUCUGGGAGAACUGCCUUCCUGACCUUUAAUUAAACAAGAUAACAGUUAUAAUGUAGAUGAAAAUCAUGGCUCUUCUCAGGACAGAAAGUUUUAAAAGGAGAACACUUGAACGCCUUUUGCCUGGUUGUGAAAUGCAACAGAUGCCUGAAAAAUGAUGUCUACAGAGAGCACGAUUAAAGCCAUCACACUCAUCUUAUCUUUCCUGUUCCGGCAAGUCCAGUCGAAGCCGAUGUUUCCCGAACAGGAGAAGGAUCCUGAAUUCUGGAACUCAUGGGCACAGCAUACUCUAGUGAAGGCUCUGGAAGAGGAGCGCAACACAAAUGUUGCCAAGAAUCUUAUUCUCUUCCUGGGAGAUGGUAUGGGUGUACCUACAGUAACAGCGGCGAGGAUCUUAAAGGGACAGCUAAGCGGCCGCUAUGGAGAGGAGAGUCAGCUGGAGAUGGACAAAUUCCCAUAUGUGGCCCUCUCUAAGACCUACAACACAAAUGCUCAGGUGGCAGACAGUGCUGGCACGGCCACGGCAUACCUGUGUGGAGUGAAGGCCAACGAGGGCACAGUGGGCGUGAGUGCAGCGGCUGUGAGGGGCCAGUGUAACACCACGCAGGGCAACGAAGUCACCUCCAUCCUUAAAUGGGCCAAAGAUGCAGGAAAAUCUGUGGGCAUCGUAACGACAACACGAGUGACCCAUGCCACCCCGAGUGCAGCAUAUGCCCACUGUGUGGACCGCGACUGGUAUUCAGAUGGAGAUAUGCCCGCUAAGGCAGUGCAGGAGGGCUGUAAGGACAUCGCCCGUCAGCUCAUUGAGAACAUUCCAAAUAUCAACGUAAUCAUGGGUGGUGGACGAAAGUACAUGCUUCCUAAAAACACGUCGGAUGUGGAAUACCCCGGUGAAAAGAAGCACAGUGGGACACGCAAAGAUGGCCGGAAUCUGAUCCAGGAAUGGAUUGACAGAACAAAGAACAAGAGGGGUCACUAUGUUUGGAAUAAAAGGGAUCUCCUUUCAAUAAAUCCCUCUUCUGCUGAUUAUCUACUAGGGCUGUUCGAGCCAGCAGACAUGCCAUAUGAACUGGAGAGGGACAGCAACACUGAUCCUUCCCUCACCGAGAUGGUGGAUGUGGCUAUAAAGGUCCUCAGAAAAAACCCUAAGGGCUUCUAUUUGCUAGUAGAAGGCGGGCGCAUUGAUCACGGACACCAUGAGGGCAAAGCAAAGCAAGCCUUGCACGAGGCCGUAGAAAUGGACCGUGCCAUUGGUCACGUUGAUCUUCUCACCAGCAUCCACGACACCCUGACUGUCAUUACCGCUGAUCACUCUCAUGUAUUCAACUUCGGAGGCUACACAGCACGAGGAAACUCAAUCUUUGGACUUGCACCUAUGCUGAGUGAUGUUGACCAGAAGCCCUUCACUUCCAUCUUGUAUGGAAAUGGCCCUGGGUUCAAGCUCAUCAAUGGUUCCAGGGUCAACGUCUCAACUGUGGAUUAUAAGGAAAACAACUAUCAAGCCCAGGCAGCCGUUCCGUUAAGCAUGGAAACUCAUGGAGGUGAAGAUGUUGCUAUUUUCUCCAAAGGACCCAUGGCACACUUGCUUCAUGGAGUUCAAGAGCAGAACUACAUCCCCCAUGUCAUGGCAUAUGCAGCCUGCAUCGGCCAGAACAAAGGCCACUGCUCUUCUAGCAACAGCUCCGCUCCUUCAGCCACAACAGUCCCUCUCACUCUAGCUCUACUAAUUGUAGUCUCUUGGUUAUUGUGCUGAAAUUUCUUCUUUUGCCAACUUACUCACAGAUGUACUUAUAUACCUUUAUCUAGCUCCAACUGAUGGAUUUUAUAUAAUGUUUUUUUUUUUUUAACUGUCAAUUUUUAAAUGAUCUUUGUACAACAUUUUACACUUUGGGAUGACUGCUCACACAUUUUGAAGAGAAUAAAAACAAAUAGCAAACUGAAGGCCCUAAAGAAGAAUCAAGUCUGAUAACAUGAAAAUAGAAAGAUGCCCCCCCCCAACCCCCUUACUUCACCUGUAGUACAUAACAACCUCAGAAAACUUGUCUCAAUGCACUGUCAAAAAUUUUUUUAUUUAAAUUUAUUUUUUAAAUGUUACUCACAAUUUCUUACUAUUUACUGGAUAACAUCUUAAUUCUGAUGCUGUAGCUGGUAUUUCCAAGCUGUAGAGCUGUAGAUACUUAUCAAUUCUAUAUGAAUGUUAAUUAUAAAGCUUAAUUAUUUGUUAUUAGUAGUGUUUAAAAAAAAUCUACCAAGACUAUGACUGAGCUCUGCACAGAUUUUGUAAUCUGUAACUGUACAGUUACAGUCCUCAGUAUUCCCAGACGUUCCCAGGACACCACUCAGAUCUCCCAAAAAAUAAUAAUGGUCCCUGUCUAUAAAGUGAGUAAUGUUUUUUUUUUUUUUUCUCUUUGUAAUUUCCUUUGGAUGGUUCUUCGUGAGGAGAAUGAAACAUUGAAGACAAGGUUCUUCGAUUAGAUAUCUCUCUUGUUUCCUUUUUAUUGACGCCUGUAACUUUCUCACACAGCCUAAACAUUGCCUUUGGCAAGUCUCUUUUCCCAGUAAAUUGAAUAUGUUUCCUAAGCACUGGUAUGUCGAUAGAGGGAAUUCUAUCAAUGUGUUAUUGAUUACGACAAUACGUAUAAUCGAGCAAUCCAUGCAUAUUUGUCACAGACACGAAGAUACUGGCAUGUUUGUGAAGUGAUGUUCAACUGUUGAAAUAAAUGAAGGCAGAAUGGGCCAAAAGUUUCA